AUGGUCGGUUUUGGCACUUCGCCAAGUUUCCUGACCGCGACGGCGGUGGCCGCACUUUGCCUCACCGGCGUCAACGCGCUUACUCGGCGUCAGGGCAGGUCGGCUCGCGUCGCGGACACCGACUUCAGCACUCGAUGCGCCAACAUGGCGAGUGUCAAGAUGCCCGACAUGACCAUCUACGCGACGGAGCACUACGGCGCCAACUCUACCUUCAGCCCCUCUGGUCGUGAGUUGACUCAUUGGCCGUUGACAGACCGGCAGGAUUUUCACCCGUGUUUCGCACACCCCUGGCCUGCACUACCUUUGCACAAUACCUCAGCUGACACUUCAAGCUGGUCGCUUCGGCCGUCUCUACAGCCUCCCGCUCCUACAACGACCCCGUACCUGGACUCGCUGCUUUCUGCCGAUUCGGUGCCGAGAUCAAGACCUCGUCCCAGUCCAAGGUACGUCGCGUAUUCACAUGCUCGCGAUUGGCACCUCUCGGACGCUGGCUUACUUCUCCGGCUCUCGCGCUUCUCCGGCACUCGCGAACUUUUGCAGGUCCAGUUCGAACUCUGGAUGCCCGAUGACUGGUCCGGCCGGUUCGCCAUGGUCGGAAACGGAGGUGACGCCGGUAGUGUCAACUACCCCGACAUGGGCGUCCCCUUGACCAAAUGUGAGUCUCCCUCCCCUUGACGGGCCCCGCUCCCUUUUCUCCACGCGGUCAGCACUGACAGCUCCUCUCUUCGAUGUUCUUCGGUGUAAUUAUCUACAGACAAGUUCGCUGUUGCCUCCACCGACACCGGUCACAGCGGCUGGGGCAACGACGGCUCCUUCGCCAUCUCGAACCCUCAGAGCCAGAUCGACUUCGGCCACCGAGCCGUACACCUGACGGCGACCUACUCCAAGAGUCUCAUCAGAACCUACUACGGUGGGGGCGGAGCCAACCACAGCUACUGGAUUGGUGAAUUGCUCUGGAUAAAAGACUUUGGGCCCCCUGUUUCAGCUGCUGACGGUCCUUCGAAUGUAAUAACCGCUCCGAACCGCUCAGGUUGCUCCUCCGGUGGCAGGCAGGGGCUCAAGGAGAUCCAGCUCAACGCCGACACCUUUGACGGUGUCCUUGCCGGUGCCGCAGCUCAAUGGUGGCCACGUGAGUCGGAAGCCUCCCGGUUGCAGUCACUUUGCACGAGUACUGAUCUCGGAACGCCCCCCUCUUGGCCUGCUCGUGAAUUUCAGAUCUCAAGUGAGUCUUUCUUUGCCCGGAUAGGAACUUUGCCCCUUGAAGAAAGCCAUGGAUUGACGAACACGGCUCGACGUACAUCUCCUACUAUUUGCGUCAUGCAGCGGUCAAACGUACCGAAUUAACACCUUCGUCAACAAGAUCGGAUCGCCAGGCUACCUGACCGCAGCCAAUUACGCAACGAUAGGCACCGAAGUGCUCAACCAGUGUGAUGUCCUCGGACUGGACAAGCUCAAGGACGGCAUUAUCACGGACCCUGUAAGUUGUCUCCCAUCUUCUUGUCUGGGCAAGCACAACCGCUUGACUCCUUCCUAUCCUUCUUGGUAUCAUAACAGACCAAGUGCUCGCCGAAGCUCGAGGGCUUGCUGUGCUCGGCUGAGGGCGCGAACCAGACGACCUGCUUGUCCCAAGCCCAGAUCAAGACCAUGUACGCGAUCUGGGCCGAUUGGAAAAGCUCAACCGGCCUUGCGACCGGACCAGGCGGAACAAACUACUUCCCAGGUUUCCAGCCUGGAGCCGAGGGCUACCCCGGCUUCUCCGUCACCGGCACGCCCUAUGGCCCUUCAACCGAUUACUUCAAGUGAGCCUGAUCAUCCGUGACAUCGUACUCCCACACUCUCUGAUCGACGCUUGUGUGUCUCCCACCGUGACCCAGCUACCAAGUCUUGAACAAAACGAGCGUGCAGCCCUUCAAUGUCACGGAAGCCGAGCUUGAGAAGCUCCUCAAGAUCGCCGACGACACGGACCCCGGACAGACGAACGCUAUCGACCCUGACAUCGGUGCUUUCCUCAAGCGGAACAAGCUCAUGACCUACGUCGGUCUCGCCGAUAACUUCAUCCCCGCGGGCACGACGCUCUUGUACCAUGACCGUGUCAAGGCGAAACUCGGCAACGUCGACCACUCGUUCCGUCACUUCGCUGUCCCGGGCAUGUUGCAUUGCGGGGGAGGCAACGGUGCUUACCACCUCGGCCAGGCUAGCCAACGCGACAUCUCCCUCGGAGGCUCCGCUCAGAGCGCGUCCUUCACCGCCAAGGACGAUAUGAUCCUUGCGCUCAUCGCAUGGGUCGAGAAAAACCAGGCCCCCGAUUCACUCGUCGGUGUCAACUACGUCAACGGCGACAAGCGACAGGGUGUGGCCUUUGAGCGCCUGGUUUGCUCCUGGCCCAAAAUGGGCUACCACAUGGCCGGUGACUCCAACAAGGCAUCAUCUUUCAGCUGCCAGUGA